ACUCGGAGGGAGGCAUUUCUAGGGGCCCCCCUCCCUCGCGUUCCUGCCCCAGUUCCGACGCCAGAGCGCGACGAGACGCACACAGAGACUUGGCAUUUGUAGAGUUUGUAUAGGUUUAUAGAUAGCAAAGAUGUCGGCACAGCCGGAGCUUUCCCGUGAAGAGAAUGUGUACAUGGCCAAGCUCGCUGAGCAGGCCGAGAGGUACGAGGAGAUGGUCGAAUUCAUGGAGAAAGUGGCCAAGACGGUUGACUCCGAGGAGCUCACCGUGGAGGAGCGCAACCUCCUGUCUGUUGCAUACAAGAACGUGAUUGGAGCCCGCCGCGCGUCAUGGCGCAUCAUCUCUUCCAUUGAGCAGAAGGAGGAAAGCCGUGGUAACGAAGACCGUGUCACACUCAUCAAGGACUACCGCGGCAAGAUCGAGACCGAACUCACCAAGAUUUGUGACGGCAUUCUCAAGCUGCUCGAAACCCACCUUGUCCCCUCUUCCACUGCCCCUGAGUCCAAGGUCUUCUACCUCAAAAUGAAGGGUGACUACUACAGGUACCUUGCUGAAUUCAAGACCGGGGCUGAGAGGAAGGAUGCUGCUGAGAAUACCAUGGUAGCAUACAAGGCUGCUCAGGAUAUUGCUUUGGCUGAGCUGCCUCCAACUCAUCCAAUUAGGCUUGGGCUUGCUCUGAAUUUCUCGGUGUUCUACUAUGAGAUCCUCAACUCGCCUGAUCGUGCCUGCAACCUCGCAAAGCAGGCUUUUGAUGAGGCCAUUUCGGAGCUGGACACCCUGAGCGAGGAGUCCUACAAGGACAGCACUUUGAUCAUGCAACUCCUCCGUGAUAACUUGACCCUGUGGACUUCAGACAUCUCGGAGGACACUGCGGAAGAGAUCAGGGAAGCUCCGAAGCGCGACUCCAGUGAGGGGCAGUAAAGCCGGCUUUAUGUUGCCCUAGAAAGCUUGUAGCUAGUGCUUGCUACUGUGUAAUGACGCUAUGUGCUGUGAUUGUUGUCGGGAAAAUCUGGGGCUCCCCAUAUGGUGAUGUUGCUAGCAAUGGUUGCAGUCGCCUUAAGCUGCCCGUAGCAGGUGGGAGACUGGAGCAGCCAAGUGCUGGUUGGGGGUGGGGAGCCUCUUGAACUGUUCGGUGACACUUCCUGUUUUUCGGUUUGCCUUUUUAUUGAUGUUUAUGAUGGUCAUCCUGUGUCAAU